CCAGCAUCAGCUGUGUGACCUUGAACAAGUCACUUAACCUCUCUGAGCCUUGGUUUCCUUAUCUGUAAAAUAGGGAUGAUGUCGAUGAUGGUAAUAAUAACUACCUUCUCAUGUUAUUCUGAGGUUUAAGUGAGGUGAUACACCUUUAAAGUCCUUAAAACCCUGGCACAGAAUCAGCUUUCAGCUGAUUAGCUCUUUUUUUUUUUUUUUAACUACUCCUUCUCUUGAUCUUUCAACCAUGGUAUCAGAAAACUCACCCUGAAGAUCAAGAGACAAAGAAAAGCUGGCUUCCUCUCAAGAAACGUGCUCCAGAGAAUACAAGUUAUUUUGGUUGUGAGGAAGAGAAUCUCUUUAGAGCAAACAUCUUUUGAAUCGGCCACAGGGGAAUUUGUACCAAGUUCCUCAGAAACAGCUAGAAAAAGAAAAAAAAAAAAAGAAUAAAUAACAAGAUGCUUUCUCUUUUUCUCUGGAGCGGUCAUGUGGCUUAGCUGCAAAUUAUUUCCCAAAACUGAGUCAGCUGGGGAGAGAUGGCAUGUGUGUUUGAGCCAACCUGUGUCAUUAAAACAGCACAAAACAGCCCCCAUCCACCCUGGUAACAUUUCAAGGAUGAAGUGUUUGGGCCCAUUUCCACAGCCUUAGGAAUCUGAUCCACCCAGGUUCAAAUCCCAGCUCUGACACUUCUUGGCUAGUGUGACAUGUCACCCCUCUGAACCUUGGUUUCUCCCACUGUAACAUAAAUAGUCAUAAUCUUAUUUGCCUCACAGGGUUUGUAGAAUAAAUGAGAUCACCUAGUGCCUAAAAAAUGCAAGAUACUAAUCGUAGUAGUUGUGAUAGCACCAGCUCUUUGAGGCUUGCUGGGUGUGAACUUGCUGAAUUUUGUCCCCAGGUUUCAUAAGUGUUUGCAAGAGACAUCUGACCCUCUCACGGGCCCUUGGCUUGUCAGCAAGACAAGAAUUCUCUUGAGAAUUUCUUUUCUCUAUUUUCUUCCUGAGUUCCCAUGUGUAAAACGGCUAGGUCUCCCCAUUUGACAGAUGGGCAAAGCGAGGCAUUCAGAGGGGUGAUGUGACAUGCCCAAGGGAUUGUCUUCUCAAAGGCACGGAGACAGCAUCCUGCUCCCUGCAGCAUUGCAGCAGGAAGCCGGAUUCAAAGGAAAAAGGCUCAGGGAGUCUGGGAGGGGGUCCGGAACUCAGACCUCUGCUGGGCCAGGCAGGCAGCGAGAGGAGUGAAGCCGGCCAGCGUGCAAACUCCAGAAGAGGGGCCAUUGCCUCUCCAUGGGACCUUGGGCAGGUCUCUGGGCUCUCAUGCUUCUCUCUGAGCUGAGACCCCUGGGAACCUCGCGGGUCUCGCUGUGCCACCUCCUCCCCCCUCGGAGCUUCAGUUUCCACAGCUGGGAGAGGCGGCGGCUCACCGCCCCCCUGCCCGCCUUAAAGGUCAAGACUGUGAGGCCUGUGGGGGUCUUGUCACCCGUCCGCAGGAGGCAAACGUCACGCCGGUGGCCCCAAAUGUCUUCCUAGCGGGUGACCUUUGGUGAGCAGUGGGCCUUGCCCUGGGGCCGGGCCCCCUCCCACCUCUUUCUCGCUCCCUGGGGGAGGAGCCGGCUGCUCUGUGGGCGGGGCCUGGGGAGCGGCUCACCACAUCCUCCCCUUCCUCCCCACCCUGAGCACGCGGUGGGGCUGGGAUGGCAGGCAUCGCCUCUGGCGGACCCACUGGCGUCUCUCUGCUGAACGACCGAAGGGCUCGGGGUCCGACUGUCUGCCUGCUUCUCCCUGCGCGUGACUGACAGCCACACGGCUGUCUGUCUGUCUGCCUGGGCGGCCAGCUACCUCUUUGCUUGGCUUCUCCUGUCUGACUGGCGGGCCAGCCCUUGCCUGCUGUCAGUCCAUCCCCCAUGCAGCUGACCGGUCCCUGCCCAGCAACCUCUGUCUUCUGUCCGUGUGUGACCUCCUUGGGACGUGACUGAUGGUUGCCUUUGCCUCUGCGUGGCCCGCCUGCCCGGAGCCCAGCUGCCGUCCGUCUGGGUGACAGGUCUUGUGCUGUCUGGUCGUUGACUUGGGGCAGGUUACAGCUUCCCACCCCAGUCCCCUGCCUGUUCUCCCAGACCCCCAUCCCUCACGCCAAGCCCAGCUGCCGUCCCCUGGAAGCCCACCGGAUUGCCCGAAGCACAGAGAGAAUGGAUUUCUGAGAAAGAAGUAGGACAGCAGCCUGGGGCUGCUCAGACCUCGUCUGCUACACCGAUUACAUCCAGACGGUCACCUGCAUCCUGAAGACAUGGGCCCCGCACCCUGGCACGCUCACCCUCACCUGGCAAGACUCAUAUGGAGAACUGGAGGACGAGGUCACCUCCUGCAGCCUCUGCUGGUCCACCCACAAUGCCACGCAUGCAGAGUACACGUGCCACAUGGAUGUGCUCCAAUACAUGGCCGACGACGUUUUCAGUGUCAACAUGACAGACCAUUCGGGCAACCACUCCCAGGAGUGCGGCAGCUUUGUCCUGGCUAAAAGCAUCAAGCCAUCUCCCCCUUUCAAUGUGACGGUGACCUUCUCCGGACAUUAUGACAUCUCCUGGAGCUCCGAUUACAAUUUCUUCGCGCUGAAGGGCAAACUUCAGUAUGAGCUGCGGUACAGGAAGCUCGGAGACCCCUGGGCUCUGAGUCCAGGGAGAAAGCUGAUCUCAGUGGAUUCGAGAAGCGUCUCUCUCCUGCCCUUGGAGUUCCACAAAGGCUCAAGCUACCAGCUGCAGGUGCGGGCAGGGCCCCAGCCUGGUUCCUCCUUCCAGGGGACCUGGAGCGAGUGGAGUGACCCAGUCGUCUUCCACACCCAGCCAGAAGAGAUAAAGGGAGACUUGUACCCUCAACUGCUUCUCAUCUUGGUCAUCGUAUGCCUCAUCCCUGUCAUCUUAGGCCUGAAGAUCCACCAGGCUUGGAGGCUAUGGAAAAAUGUGUGGGUGCAGGUGCCCAGCCCAGAGCCCUUCUUCCAGCCCCUGUACAUGGGCCACAGUGGAGACUUCAAGAAAUGGGUGGGCACCCCCUUCACUGCUUCCAGCCUGGAACUGAGAUCCUGGAGUCCAGGGGUGCCCUUGUCCCUGGAGAUGCACAGCCAGUGCCUACCGCAGACUGCAGCCAAGGGGCUGGUGCCCAUAGAGCUGCCAGAGCCCCCAGACCUGGUGGAAGCCGACGGGGUGCUUGAGCCGGGCUCCUGGGGCCCAGCCCACUCCACUGCUGGCAGCUUGGACAGCUCAGCUCACAGCCAGGAGAGGGACCGGCCGUACGGCCUGGUAUCCAUCGACACGGUGACCGUGGUGGACGCAGAGGGGCUGUGCACCUGGCCUUGCACCUGCGGGGAUGACGGCUACCCAGCCCUGAACCUGGACACCGGCCUGGAGCCUGGCCCGGGCACGGAGGACUUGCUUCCGGGCACGGGGGCCACAGUCCUAUCCUGUGGCUGCGUCUCAGCCAGUGGCCCUGCCGGGCCGGGGGACCCCCUGGGCAGCCUCCUUGGCAGGAUAAAGCUGCACCUCAAGGAUGAGGAGGGUUGGGCCCCCGGGCCGCCCUGGGAUGGCGGGUCGCCCCGAGGGGUGUCGGACAGCGAGGCAGGUUCACCCCCAGCUGGCCUGGACAUGGACACGUUUGACAGCGGCUUUGUGGACUCUGACUGCGGCAGCCCCGUGGAGCAUGACUUCAGUAGCCCCAGGGACGAAGGGCCCCCCAGGAGCUACCUCCGCCAGUGGGUGGUCAUGGCCCCUCCACCUGCAGGGCCUGGGCCCCAGGCCAGCUAGUGAGGCUGACUGGCCGUCCAGAGCUGGCCAUGCCACUGAGCCACGAGCCACGGACAGGGUCACCUGGGCUGAGGUGUGAAGAGGCCUGCAGCCCUUGGUCUCCCGGCUGGGACCCCUGAGCCUGGUGUUUACAGUGCAUGUCCGGGGCUCAGGUGCCCACUGGCGUGGCUGCGCGUGUGAGUAGCCUGCGUGCCUGUGGACACGGAGCUCGGCCGUGGUUCUGCCAUAUUCCCAAGGCCACUCGUGUGUCUGUGCCGACGUGAGCUUCCCGCGUGCGUGAAUGUGAGCCGCACGUGUGUCUGUGGGCACGUGAUGACAGCCUCCCUCCCUCCGAGGCACGUGGGUGACCCCCGGGUCACGUGCCGAGACCAGGGCACUGCCUGGGACAGACACCAAGCCCAGCUCCCCAGGUCCUGCCUGCAGAGCCGCACAAAGUCCAGACUGUUCCUUAUCGCCUUUCAGGGGGAGGGGAAGGGGACCAAGCGAGCCCACAGUGACCCUGGGGGUGGAAAGAUUUUGGGGGGAGCCAGUGGACCUGGGUCUGAAUCCUGACUCUGACACCUCCUGGCUGUGCCACCUUGGGUGAGUCACUUCCCCUCUCUGGGCUGGAGUUUCCUGUCUUAAUAAUGGGGGCGGCCUGACCUACCCUGGGGAGAAAUUGGAGAGGUCGCCCAUGUACAGUGUGCAGCCCAGACUCUCAAUAAACGUCAGCUUCCUUCCUUCUG